AUGGCCAGUCGACCAAUCUUCGUUUUCAUGCUCCUUGCCACCUUGGCAUUCGCCAUGGUGGCAGAGUCUUCGUUCUCCUCCUCCUCUUCCUUCUUCAACGACCCUGUAGUCAAUUCACUCGGCCACAAUACUGGUGGUGGCCUUGAUGAAUGGAUGACUACAGGUCGUAUCGGGGACACAUUGUUUGCUGAUGAAGAAAUGAUGAUGCCGACAGAGUCGGCCCGUAGGGCCCUCAAUAAUCAGGACCACAUCAGUUACAGGGCGAUGUCGAAGAACGCCAUCCCCUGUGACCGACAUGGCGCGUCUUACUACCAAUGCACCCGCAUGCAGAAGAUUCGGCCUUAUAGACGUGGCUGCAGCAAAAUCACCAGAUGCCAACGUCGUUAA